UGACACGUCGCACGCUGCCAACCGGCAUCACCCUGGCGUUGCCUGAUGAGUCUCGAGUGUGCAGCUUGUGCUAGGCUGGCCAGCAGAGCUACUCGAAGUAUCACCAGAUCCGUGUCGAGCAUCGCCCAAGGGUCAAGCCGGUUGACGCCCUUUAGCUCUCAGUUGCCGCGCUUUGCAUCGACAGCACCCGAGCAAAGACCAUGGCUAGACGUGCACAAGCUACGACGUGAUGCACUAGCGCAACCUCGCCCUCGUCGGAUAGACCGCUCUCGUUUCACCACCAUUGCGCCCGUCGUUCCUGCUAACCUGCACGGAAAGUCGACAUCAACCGAGGAUGUGCGCCUUGUGGCGGCGGAUCGAGUGUCAGAGGACACUAGCACGAGCGAUGCCGAGGCGAGAGACUCACUGUCCGUGUUCCAAGGCAUCAAGCUGCCAGAGAGCAGCCUCGGACCCACCACGGCGAUAGUAUACAGGCCAAUACGAUCGCACUCUUUGCCAGAGCUCAUACAGCUCUACAAGGGACUGACCAAGGCCAAGCUAUCUGCUCUCAUCACCCUCACGACCAUGGCUGGCUAUGCCAUGUGUCCAUUAGAUCCCGGAGCGACCCAUGCAGCCAUGGAGACGUUCCUGACAGAUACGCUCGCCCAUCUGCCCAUCGAUAUGGACCAGCUGGCAUUAGCAGCUACAGCUUCGUCCGGCGGAUCCCAACUAUCGCUGCCCAUCUUGUUGACUGCCAGUGUGGGUACAGCUCUCUGUUGCGCUUCUGCCAAUACGUUCAACCAGCUUGUCGAAGUGCCUUACGAUGCCCAGAUGGCCCGCACACGCAACCGCGUUCUCGUCCGACGGCAGGUGACGCCCUUACACGCCUUCACGUUUGCUUCCUCGACUGCUCUGGCCGGCGUGGGCAUGCUCUAUCACUUUGUCAACCCUUUGACUGCAUCGAUCGGCUUGGCGAACAUCAUCUUGUAUUCGUUCAUCUACACGCCUCUCAAACGAGUGACGAUCUUCAAUACGUGGAUCGGUGCAGUCGUAGGUGCUUUGCCGCCUCUGAUGGGCUGGGCAGCAUGUACGAAUACGCUCGACCUCCUCACCCAGCCCGGUGCUUGGCUGCUCGCCCUGCUCGUCUUUGCGUGGCAAUUCCCUCACUUCAACUCGCUCGCGUGGAACCUUCGAGCAGACUAUGCGAAAGCAGGCUACAGGAUGAUGUCUGUCACCAAUCCGGCUCUCAAUGCGAGGGUCGCUCUGCGAUAUAGCAUCGCAUGCGUGCCCAUCUGUCUCGGCUUACCCUACCUCGGGCUGACGAGUGCAGUCUUUGGCUACAUGUCCUUCUUGCCGAACGGCUUGCUGAUCUGGACGAGCUAUCGCUUCUGGCGAAGAGUCAACGAUCAGACUGCGCGAGAGCUCUUCUGGGCGUCGCUCGUCCACCUUCCUGCGCUAUUGAUCCUUAUGAUGCUGUGCAAACAAGGGAGCUCCGCGCAGACAGAGGAAUCAUCAUCAGUCUCGAGGAAGGACGCAGAGACCCCGAGUGUAGAGGCGUUAGAGUAGUCUAGCAAUGUAGAGAAGCUGUUGAUGCCUGAUGCAAAGUAGUACAAACGGG